CCGCUAGGUGGUAGAAGGAAACCAGCUACGAAGUGAUACCAUUAAUUUAUGGCGGAAGAGAGUUUUUGUUUUGUCGAAGAGAAAUUGCCGGUGCUGUGACAAUUUUGGAAUUUAAAAUUAUCUCUUUUGGAAUACGUGUGUGCGACAUUAUGACAUAGAGUGAGGAAAAGACGUUUACAGGUCCUCAUACACCAAACUUGAGGCUUUUCAAACAAGGGUUCACCAAGGAAAUGAUGAACACGACGGACACUACAGGGAUAAUACCAAUCCGAUCUGUAGGAAAACACUUGUUCUUCUUAGUACCAAGGUCUGCCCAGUACUAGUCGGAUUUAUUCGUUUUGCUUCCUGGAAGUUCCUGGAUUUAAUAUACGUACAUGUAGCUACUCUGGAUUGAAGCUUCUGACAACAUGCGUAACAAAGGGGACAACUGCCACAUGGCCUUCUCACCUCAAGAAUCACCAAUCUAUGGUGGUGGUCAGAUCGUGGUUGUAUUUUCCGAGACGAGUGACCUCCCCGGCCUGGAUGCCGAGAUAUUUCUAGUGUUUCAGGGGUCCAAGUCACGACACGUAACGCUGGCUCGACGACUGGACUACCAUACCAUUCAAGCUAUCAUUCCAGGCCACAACAGCUUUGAGUCUGUCCACCUCUCUGUGUAUGCCUCCGAAGGUGGUAACCCACACCUCAUCUCAGAAGGCACCCUGAACUUUGUUCAAGAUUCCACCUACUACUUAGCCCAGUUCCUGGCCUCCAGUGUGUCUGAUAUUACUGCCCUGGAGAACCCGUCCUCCAUCAAGUCGGAAAGGUUCAACUUGUGGACAGAGGACAUGUCCACGCUGGAUGAGCGACUCACCACAGCCUUUGAGCAUCUUGAGUUGUCACCGAGCUGGCGACUGGUGGAGGAUACAUCCAGACUGGAGCAAGAUCCUCCCCCGAGAGAAACACUUCUUCAUUUUGCGACCCGUCUUGGUCUUCCUCAAUUUGCAGAGCACCUAUUGGAUAAGGCUGGCAGUGACAUCGCCCUGAGGUUGCCCAAUCAGAACGGUGAAUUGGCGGUGGCGCUUGCCAGGUCACAUGGCUUAGAUGACUUAGCGGAUCGCAUGAACGAACACGGCUUUGGAGGCAGUUCGCAUCAAUCGGCCGAUCUAGGUAGAGUUCAAAGCAAGUCAGUGAUGGUGAAGAGACACUCUCUCGGCACGGCUACCAUCAGCACCAACACGACGGAGGAUACAAGGUCGUUAGAGGAAGAUAUACAGAUGCUGAAGGAGAUCGUGAGCUUCAUGGGGGUAGAAGUAGAGAGUCCCCCAGCGGGUAGAUCCACUGAAGACCCACCUAGUCCGGACUACUUCUCUGUGGGGAGCUUACCAGCGAGACUACCAUCGGAGAUGUUACCUUCUAGGAUGUCAUCAGACCAGUCCAGUCAACAGUACUUCUCAGCAGCUGACGAGGAAGAUGAAGACAGAGGAGAUGAAGAUGAAGAUGAAGAUGAGGAGACAGAGAUACAAGAAAACAUUCCUGAGGAAGAAGUACUAGGAGAGAGCAUGGCACAUGUUCACGUAUUAAAAACCAAAGUUCAAAGGUUACGGGCCAGUAACAAGGAGUAUUUAACGGCAGAGGACGCAAGAAGGGAGUCUUUGUCGCGGUUUAGUUCAUCUUGCCCAGUUCUUGCCGACGAGAGCGAAAAAAUCCAUAUUCCAAACAUUCCAAUGAGGGGUCGAGCAGCAACCAACUACCACCAAAGCAGCGUUGAGGAGGAGGAUGAGUCGACAGAGCCCGAUCUGAGCAUCCUCUCACCAGACCCCCUCCUCCUUGAGGAAGAAGACACAUCCUUCCCCGAGGCAGACAUCACCGAUGCUCCAUUUCCCACGGAGAACUCCGUCUCGACGGAACCCUUUGCCGAAGAUGACGUCUCGUUUCCAGAGGAGCCUAUUUUUGAGGAGUCGAACAAAGCCGUGAGAAUUCUCGUUGAUGAUGUGAGUGCAGAGGUCAAUAGGUCAGAGGGCGUGACCCCAUCUGGUCUAACGGCUACAUCAAGGCAAGAGCAAAGCAGUUCACCGAGCGAUUCUGUGAACAGUCUCCAGGAGCCAGGGCAUCUGUCUAGAGGUCGUCGAAACAGCUGGGGUCCAGAUCCAACAGAUGAGGUUAUAAGUCCGACUGAAGAUGUAUCAUUGCCUCUUAGCUUAUCGGCAAGAAGUAAGAGCAUGGGUAAUCUGGAUAGAGGAAGCGAGCAGGAGUUCCACGACGCUAAGGAAUUGUUAACCCCGAAGACAUCCCGAAGCUAUUUAGAGGGCUCACCAGACAGAGGUCCGAGUGCCACGUCAUCGCCCAUCGACGGCCGAGGUGCAGCAGUGCGCCAGAGCUCACCUGACGUCAUCUCAGAUGAUGCAACGGACUUAAACACCAACGAGGUUGACGUGACAACCAUCCUGCCUCCAGAUAAUGCUACAUCCCUCCCAACGAGGGCCGAAAUCGAAGCAGUACCCCUCCGCAAAAAGAACCAAGAUACUCAGAAACAAUCCGGUCGCCGGAAGGUCAACUCACUUUUCGCCCCCUCAAGGACUAUUGAGCUGCGAACGGAUGGCUCUUCCAAUGAGUGUAGCAUGGGAGACGAGCCGCUCACACCCCCAUUGCCCAACAGUGCACCGCCCGUCGUCACGCUUACUCUUACUCCGAGGACCCUGGACUCGAUUCAGUCCGUUGUGGAGGUGGAGGAUGACUCCGACAUCAGUCGUGAUUCCGAUCUUGACGAUGCCCAGAAGGACUUGACGGCCAAGCAGCGUAAGGCACGUCUGUCAUUGACAGAGUUCCUGAAUGAUCCAAGGAACUUCCAGGGGGACCCAGAGGCAGCGGCAGCCGCGUUGAAGGCAGAGCAGGAGGCAUCACAAUCACCAAUCCACGCAAGGACGCAGUCCAUGUCGGCAAGCGACAUGGAUCAACCUAAAGGUGUGAUUAGAAAGUUUAGCUUCCUGAGGAAAAACAGAACUAAGACAAAAGAUCCAAAUAAGCCAAAAGAAGAGAACAAGAAAGACAAGGAACGAGGAAAACAUCAAUUUGUCACGGUCUCCUUCUCCAAUUCCACCAAGUGUGAUUUCUGUGACAAGUCUAUGGCCAACAGAGACGCCCUACAAUGCAUCACUUGUCAGGUGAACGUACACAACAGCUCUUGCAAAGAUCAUGUCCAAGGCUGCACAAAGCUUACCAAGCAUCCUAAACCGAAGCCCAACAGUGGAUCCCAAAAUCGUCUCAGCGCUAAACCAGGAACUUCUUUGGGGUAUUCCCAGUCAGUGAAUGAAAACUCCAGAAGGCCUACAUCGUCAGGCAACUUUACAUCCAAGAUGCAACAGUUGCCAUUCCAGGGGAGUUUGACCGAUCUCAGGUUACAUGGAAUACCAUCAUCAGUUGGUAUGGACACUGGACGUUGGCAUUGGCACCGCGUGGCCGUAAAGUUAGGGGUCAAGACGAUUGAAGAAAGCGAAGAAUUAGAAGAAGAUGAGGAUAAUUCACCCAAAGCUUCUAGCUUAAGCAACAACAACAUCUCAGUAUCCAUGGAGUCGCUGGACGAGGUUACGGCCAGCACCUUGUCGUUUGAGGAGGACGAAGAUCUCGUCUCUAAAGGUCCCGAGCCAGAAUCAUGGAGCGUCACGGCAGAAAAGAAGGUUUUGAAAAAGAUGAGCCAUAAAGAAAUCAAAAGGCAGGAUGUUAUCUUUGAGUUUAUUAAGACAGAGAAGCAUCAUUUAAGAACACUCAAGAUAAUGCAAAAGAUCUUUAGUUUAGGGAUGCACGACGAGCUAAAGAUGGAACCCUCAGUAAUCAACAAAGUCUUCCCAUCGUUAGAGGAGCUCGUUAAGGUCGCAGUGCAGUUCAAUGAAGCUCUUCAAUCCAAACAGCGAGAUGGUCAUCCUGUAGAGACAAUAGGAGAUGUCUUAGUCAAUCAAUUUGACAAGGAAACUGGGAAGCAAAUGAUGGAAGCCUAUGCUUACCUGUGCUGCAGACAGAUUGAGGCGGUUGCUUUGUAUAAGGAGUUGUAUAAGACAGACAGGAAGUUUCAAGCGUUUAUCAAGAGAUGUAGUACCAACGCGCUAUGCAGGAGGUGGUCAAUACCAGAAUGUAUACUUAGUGUGACCAACAGACUAACCAAGUAUCAUCUACUCAUCGGAGCUAUUAUGAAACCUACCAAAGCUGCCAAAGUCGACAAAAGUGAAUAUCCAAAUCUUCAGAAGGCACUACAGCUUGUCAAGAACAUAUGCCAAGACGUGAAUGUACACGUGAAUGAGUAUGAGAGACAUCAGAGAUUGAUGGACAUCUACAACAAGCUGGAAGCUAAAUCAUCUGGAAUGCUGAAAAGUGGCAAGAAAUUCAAGAAAUCGGAUCUGCUGUCGAGCAAUCGGAAGCUGAGACAUGAAGGAGAGUUGAGGUGGAAGUCUGCAAGGGGUAAGCUGACUGAGGUGAAUGUGGUGGUGCUUAGCGACGUGGUUAUACUACUCCAGGAGAAUAAUCAGAAGUAUGCCUUUGCAUCGCAGGACAGCAAGCCUCCUGUGAUCCACCUACACAAGCUGAUGGUGCGAGACGUCGCUGUCGACAAGUGCAGCAUCUACCUGAUCAGUCCAAAUAAAGCCGGACCUGAGAUGUAUGAAGUCAAUUGUGAAAACACGGACAAGAGGAAAAAAUGGAAGGAGAUUCUGGAACAGGCGAUCAUAGAUUGCCCAGAUGAAGAUGAAGGAGUUGGUGAAGACGCUGAAACGGAUGAGGAGAAGAAAGCUACUGAAGCAAGAGCAGCAAAGAUCAAGAAACUUCUUGACGAGAUGCAGGAGAAGGAUCAUAAGAUAAAUGAGAUCAUGGAGGAGAAAGCUAAGCUGGUUGAGGAGCUCAAAGACACCCUCAAUAAAGAUGACGUCUUAGGAACGCUAAAGUCCCCUAUCAUAGCAGACAAUGAUUGUCAGAUGCAGGAAGCCAGACAGAUUCUCCUAGCAGCUAUUGCAGAAGCCCAUCGGCUGACAGCAGUUGUAUACAGUGCCGGGGCUGGACUAACCAGGAGUGCAAGCAGCGCUGGGGAGAGGGAAAGCGGCUUAUUCCAAGUUCACUCUCUCCCUAAGAGAGCUGAGACGUUUGGAGGAUUUGACAAACAACAAGAUUUGUUUUUUGUAGCUGCUCCGGUUGUGAAGAAGCGUUUUACAAUGCACGUCAAGGAGCCAGAUUCUCGUAGUUACAGCGUUCCUAACCUCACCAAAGUGGACGGGGUUGAACAGAAUGUGGUUGAGCUUCAUGCUCAGCAGGGGUCGGACCCGAAUCUACUCUCUGAGAGCUAUCAAGACAACACGGACAUGCUGAAGAAGGAUCAAGACAGGUUAUCUGAUAACUCAAGUCGGCUGACCGUAGACAGUAACAGCUCUAUGAGUGAAGAUGUACCUGAAGGUUUACUGAGGGAUGAGAAGGCCGUCUUGUCACCUGAUCAUGUCGUCAGCGUCAACCACCUGUUAAAACACCUCAAUUCAUUACUGUGUUUAACUACAAGAAAAGAAACUGCUUACGAAAGAAUGAGAUCCCAGUUGUUAGAGGCCAAUAUGAAGAUUAAAUCAUUGAGCGGUACAGGGGAGGCUCACAAGAUGAGACAUUACAAAUCCAACUCAAUGGGCACUCAAGGCUUAGCAUCACUCAAUAAAUCACCGAGCAGCGUUGAUAGAGAGAGAUUCAGCAGCAUCCGGGAACGAACUAAAAAGGAUCCGAGUGAAACGAAAGACAAAAGCAGAAAAGACUCGAGUGAGACCAAGGAGAAGCUCAGGAAGGACUCAUCACAAGAGAGCAAAGGAAAGACGUCCGAGAAGGAUAAAGGAAAGAGAGACUCUCAGGUGGACGGUAAGAGUCCGUACGAGCCACCGUUUGCCGGCGUCAGGACUAACGAUCAAAGCCUACGAAAAAUAGCCUUUGGUGAAAUCCUCUACGAUGACAAUAGCGUUCAUGCCAGUCAUGGGCUUCAGGCCGAGAGCCCUAAGUCCAUCAUGAAACAUCGAGCCGGGAGUGACAUCACAAGACCCACCCACGGAGAACAACAGCAAUUGGAGAAAGCCGGCACGAGGACGUCGAGGCGAGACCUCGUGCCGGAGCACCUCCUGAGUGCGACUAAUGAACUGCAGGCAUCGAGCGGGCCGGUUCAACAGAAGCUUCCGAUGAAGCUCUCCACCCUCGCGUCUCUCUCAUCCUCGUCCUCGGUCUCCUCCUCGAGUAAACCUCAGCAGAUGAUUCCGAACAAACUCAUGUCAUCUAAGACGUCCUCAACGUCCCCAGUACCCACGAGGAACGGGAAUAGAGUGUCGCCGAAGGCUGAUCAGAAAUCCAACCAGUUGAACAAUCAACGCGGCCAGGGUCCAGAUCAGAAUGUUAUAUACUUCUAAAUCACAGGUUGAUGUAUCCACAUGAAGGAUUCCUUCACCAGGCUGAAUCUCUGGGUGGUUCGUCUUUUCCGUUAACAGCAAUAAUUAUAAAAGCACAGGACGCAUUUUUCUUCUACUGGAUGCUUGAAGUGUGGUGCAAGUCACGGCCUCCUCGCUGCAGAGACAGAUAGCAGCUUACUGAACGCCAGCUUCAAAGGGUCGUCAGUAUGUGGACAUUUGAUAUUAGUAAAAAAAAAACAAUGUACAAAAUAAAUCGCAAGCUGUACAGCUAAAAAAAAGUUUUUAAAUACUCCAGAGUAAGUGUGUGAUCAAACACAGUGUGUAGAUUGAGAUUUAAAAAACAGAAGAGAUAUAUGCUAAUAGUAUCUUGUGAAUAAAUUAAAUUUAAAAAAGUAUGUAUCAUAAAACAAAACAAAAAUGCAGCCGUUCCACUAUUUUUUAGGUCGAGAAUUUGUACUACUUUUGUUGCGGCCAGAAUAUAUUACCAGAGAAGAGUUGAUGUUGAUAACUUUCUGGGGUAAAAAUGUGUAAAUUAUGACAGGGACAAGUUGAGAUGGAAGUUUGGACUGGGACUCAAGUUUGUUGUGAAAUGUUAAACAUAUUGUACAGCAGUUUGCUUGUUUUUAUAGCAAGUAUAGAGUUUUCAGGGGUAAUUCAGAUCAUAUUUGACUCAUGUCCACUGAGUUCUUAUUCAAUUUGUUUUUGUGAUAAAUUUUAAUAGAGUAAUUUUAUCUGAAAUAGAGUAUUUGGUAAUGUGAAAAGGCAUGCAUUUUUUUUAACAGUUUUUUUUUUCUUUUUCUUUUUCUAGGCGCCAUACAAAAAGUUUAGGUUUUCAGUUUUGAUAACCCGUCAGGGUAAUGAUGGAUUUUCAUUGUAUUUUUUAUUUUUAGUUUGGGGCAUUGUGGACAAAAGUAUUGAAUUCAUAAACUCUGUCAAUUUUAGGGACGAACGUAUAUUUUUUGAGGGGGUUUGGAUUUUGUUUGGAGUUUUUCUCAUCUCUGUGUCACUUUAAGACAACAAUUAUUUUCAUCGCCUUAUGGCCAAUUAAAGGGGAACAAAGACUGUAAAAGCAUUACCAUUGGAUGGUGUCCGCCUGGUGGCCAUUUUGUUUUUUUCCUGCAGCCAUCUCACUUUGUGCAGUGGGCAUUAGUUUUAAAAUGGCGGACAAAAAGCCGCUAAUUUUAAAUUGCUGUGUCUCUUUAUAAAAGGUAGCAGACCCCUCACUUAAAGUUGAGUUUUAAUUAGCAGCUUGAGAGGGUUUUACAAGUUUAUUUCACAUCAAAUGAAAAGAGAAAAGUUGUAAAAUAACACUGGAGCCUUACAAAAACAAACACCUUGAAUCCUAGUGUCUUAAUAAAUGGGAUACGGCAUAACACAAACGAGAAUUUAUUUUUCGAUAUCCGCUUAUUCUGAAAAAAAAAUCCAGAAAGCUGUCAGAAGCUGUCAAACACUGGUCUAUAUUAAAUGUGUUUUGUAUCUUUGAAGGGCUGUGAAAAAAUAAUCGAGUACAAACAAAAACCUGCAAGUAAUUCCACAAAGUUGGGAAAGAAAUUGAAAAAAUAUAUACUCUUUUGUCACACUGUCACAAAAAUAAAAAAAAUAUUCAAAACGAAAUUUCCGAGUUGAUUGCAACAAAAUCAACUUCUACUGUGGAAUAUGAUUGGUCAACAGAGCUAGUCCCAGACAGUUUCAUCCAAUCACGUGCCACCUUAUGGAAAGGUUUUGAUAAUGUGUUGAUAUGUUCUGCAGAUUGAGACCAAUCAAAACAGGUUGUUUUGAGGUGACCUUUGGGCUGACCCUGCCAGGGCCCAAAGUCAUAGAGUUGCGAUGAACUCCCUUGUAAUUCGUUGCAAUAUUUUUUGCUCUAUGAUUUUUGGUCCAGUCUACAUGUAAAGAUUAGGAUAUUCAAAAGGUCGUACCUUUAAACAAACCUGUAUUGAUUACUACCAAACAGUUCCCCCUCCCCACUCUUUCAACUCUAAACAUGAGCGUUGUACUGUCUAAUCUUACGUGAAUCCUAGUUUGGAGAAAACAGGGGUAUCAUUACUAACGAAAAAGUCUGAAACUUGGGUACAAAUUCAAAGGUACGUUGAAAUGAUGGCAUUUCUACUGUUUG